GAGACAGAGAGAGAGAGAGAGAGCGACGGAGAAAGAUGGGAUUGUUGACUGAGAAGAUUAUCGAUGCUUAAGCACCUCACCCCGUCCCUUCGCAUCACCUGCUUCAGGACCUACGUAUGGACUACCGAACGGUCCCUCUGAUUUCUGCCGGAGGAUGUGGCGCUCUGAAACCCCCAGGUGAUAUGGAUUAACUGGCUUCUUUGCUGUCUGAGGAAGGUGCGGCUCUUUUGCGGCGCUUCUCCAAGUUCUCCACCGUUACUAGGGACUGUCGGGACGGCCCGCCCUGCGCUCAGGAGAGGAUUAUAAGACAGGAACAGCCGCUACUCGGAGAUGAAGAUACGUCAUCCGGGUCCCCUUCUGCCAGAUGAUGGACGAACCGAACGUGGAGCGUGACUGCAACCAGCGCCUUCAGGGAGCCCUGGGAGAGGGGGCGGCGAGCAGGUAAAUGGAGUCUCAGGACAGGAGUCGCUCCCCGUCCCGCAGAACCAGCCGAGUGGAACAGGUGGUGGGACGAUGGCUGAGACGUUCCAGAGAUUUGGGCAGCAGGUCUCACUCUCUGAGCAGAGAUCGUGCUGCAGUGGAUGGGAAAACAGGAGAGUCCGGUAGCUCCGAUCAGAGAAAUUACCCGUUCCGAUUCAAUGUUCAGAUCCAAAAGGACCCGGACCUCAACUCCCAUGGCCUCACGCUUUCCAGCCAGAUCCCCAUCCUGGUGCAGGAAGUCACCACAGGUGGUCCUGCAGAUGGCCGGCUCGUCCCUGGCGACCAGCUUGUGAAAAUCAAUAACGUGGCUGUCGAUGAUCUGACCCCAGAGCAAGCUGCUGAAAUAAUCAGGGAGUGUCGAGACACGCUGACCAUGACUGUCCUCAGAAUCAUGCAUGGCCCGAAGUCGUCGUUCAUCACACCUGAAAAGAGGGCCAAGCUCCGGUCCAACCCUGUCAAAGUCCACUUUGCAGAGGAGGUGGAGGUCAAUGGACAGUCUCAGGGGAACUCGCUACUCUUCCUGCCCAACGUUUUGAAGGUGUAUCUGGAGAACGGGCAGACUAAGGCUUUCAAGUUUGAGACCAGCACAACUGUCAAGGAUAUUGUGAUGACACUAAAGGAAAAACUUUCACUGAACCGAAUUGAACACUUUUCCUUGGUGCUCGAACAGCAGCACAACAGCAGCAAGCUGCUGCUGCUACAUGAAGAGGAGAGGAUACACCAGGUGGUCCAGAAGAAGGAAGUCCAUAACUACAGGUGUUUGUUCCGUGUUUGUUUCAUGCCCAAAGAUUUCAAGACACUGCUGCAGGAGGAUCCCACUGCCUUUGAGUAUCUUUACCUUCAGGGGGUGAACGAUGUGCUCCAGGAACGCUACGCCGUUGAAAUGCGGUGUAAUACCGCCUUAAGACUUGCUGCGCUGCACAUUCAGGAGAGGCUGGUGAGCUGCGGACUGUCCCCCAAAGCCAACCUGAAGAUGAUCACGAAGACUUGGGGCAUAGAAAAUUUUGUGUCGUCCACCUUACUGAGGAACAUGCGAGAAAAAGAUCUGAGGAAGGCAAUUGGCUUUCACAUGAAGAAAACCCAGUCCCAGCAUGAUCCCAAGCAAAAGAGCCUGUCAGUAGAUCAAGCACGAAUCAACUAUCUAGAGGAACUGAGUGAUCUGAAGUCCUUCGGGGGAAAGUCCUUUGGUGCCACCUUGAUGCUUCAAGACAGGGAGUCAAUGGUGAGCCUGCUGGUUGGCGCGCGCUAUGGGGUGAGUCAGGUGGUCAACCACAAGCUGAGUAUCAUGACGACCCUUACAGAGUUCAACAGCAUCACUCGCGUCGAGCUGCUACCGGAAUCAGACAAAGUCAGCCUCGUCAAGAUAUACCUGCAGGACAUCAAGCCCAUCACAUUACUAUUGGAGGCUGGUGCAGCAAAAGAUAUAUCUUGCCUUAUAGCAGGCUACUGCCGUGUGUUUAUUGACCCUAACCUCAACGUUUUCCCCUGGAUAGAUGACAAGAAACACAGAGUUUCUGCUGAAGAAGGUUAUGUGUCAAGAUGUGCAAGUGACUCAGAGGACUCUUCAGACUUGGAUAUGGAGCCGCUGUACAGCUUGAUGUCUCAAGAUGACAAACCUCGCACUCGUGUUAGAUCCCUGUCAGACUCUGAAGGAAGAAAGAGGAAGGACAGGGACCGGAUGAGAAGCAAAGACUGCAAAGAGAAGGGAGACGCACCUGUGGAGAAUAAAAAACCAAAACAAGAAAAAUAUCUUGAUACUCCAAGAGCGUCUGCUUCAUUAGGAAACGGUAAAGAGGGAAAUAAUGAGAACACAUUGAACAGAAAGAGGUCUGGUGCAAAAAUACAGAUUCAAAUAACGGGCAAUGAUUCAGGGGGUCAUAUAGUAAGCCCUGGAACUGGAGAGGUAGAGCAACCGUCUGUAUCAGAAGCAUCAGACUCAUGUCACACUGACUCUCGUGUCCUCACCAGUCCCUCCAGUGACUCUCUUGAUGCUCUGGAGGAAGACGAUUUAAUUUCGUGCACCUCCUCUUCUGUCCAGACUCAAGCUCUCUCACAAGCUCAUGUCUGCGUCCACUCCCCUUUUCAGCUUCACCUCCACUCUGACGGACAUGUUCAGCCUCACCUCCUCGCUCCUCCACCACCUCACUCUCAUCCCCUCAUUCACCUCACAGUUGUUAGCUGUGCCGGAGAAUCAGGAGAAAGAGGAGACAGCAGGAGAUCUGGUGAUGGAGCUGAUCCCAAACUUCUGUCCUCCCCAUCCCUCAGCCCCAAAGGUCAAAAACGUUCAGGUGAACUCUGCUCAGCAGACAGCUCGCUGUGUUUCGCUGAGCUCUCCCGUCUCGCAGAUCUCCUGCCGAGCCCUCCUGAGGCUAGCGAGGAUGAUGAUGUCGAAGAUGACGAGCUGAGGCGGAAGGGAAAGUUACAGAGCAAUAUAAGCGUGACACUGAGAAAGGCAGAUGAAGGUGGAAGUGUUGGAGAGCAUCCUCUCUCCACUUCUCCGUCAUCCCCGUCUUCCCACAACGACUUUGUUUUUAACUUUGACCAAAGCGAUGCUCGCUGCUACUACAACCUAUGCUCCAACAUCACCCCUGACAGCGCUCGCAGCCUUCCAGGCCCUCAGGAUCCUAUCAUCCAUAAGGAUGAAGCGAAGGCUGGUGGAUCUGAGCUAAUUCCCAUCCUCCAGCCGCCCCCUGGAUUCGGGGACAGCAGCUCAGAUGAGGAGUUUUUUGAUGCAAGAGAUCGCUUCACCUCACCUGAAGAUCCCACGUCAGGUGCCGUCCCGAGAGGCAGUCAAACAGAAAUGAAGCUGGACACCGUGAGCAUUCUCAGCCUUAGUGAUAUCAGAGUCUCUGUAACGGACACAGAAAUGGACAAACGGGAAGACCAAGAGGAAAGAGAAAGCAAUGAGUCAACAUUUCUCCUCCGGAAGAAGUCCAGAAAGCGGCGCUCUUUCAUGGAAACUGAUUACACCUCGAGAGUUACGUAUCCAGAAACUGAUAUUGAAUCGGAGUCCAAUUUAAACUCUUACAGGUUUCUUAAAAACAUUUCGACAGGCCCAAAUGAUAAUUCAACACUUACUUUAGAUCCAGAACCCUCGGGGCAAACCCAAAAUCCCAGCCCUACCACCUCCUCACUCACUCAUUCUGAAGGAGAGCCAGCUCAGCUCGAGUCCAAACCCAUCCUGUCAAAGCUUUGCUCACAUGACCCAGGAUUUCUGUCUGCUUCUGAAAAGAAUAGGAAUCUAAGCCCCCCCUCCAGAACCAGGAAGCAGGAAAUGGAGAUGGAACCAGAUGCAAUGGAAUCCAAAUCAGUCACAGAUUUGGUAAAGGUGGUUCCUCCUACUAUCACCGUCGUCCGCUGCCGGGUUGAUCCAGAUGGAAAAGAGAGCGCAGAUCGGAGAGGUGACGGAAAGGAGGAAGGGGAAGAUCAGGAAGAGAUUGGUGAGAAAACAGAAGAAGCAGAGAAGGAAAACCCAGCAGGUUUGACAGGAAAUGGACCACUUAAUAGUCAUACAUUUUUGCCCGAUACAGUUGAGGAGCACGGGAAAGAAGAAAAGAAAGAGACUGUGUUUGACUUAUCAUCCAGUUUAAAGAGACCCCUUGUGGGUGCUGAAAUACCACAGGGUGCAAUCAUAAUGCCUAAUAGUUUUACAGAAGUGAAUGAAAAGUUGGUCACUGCACAUAUAAACAAACAUGUUGAUAAGAAUUUCCUUUCACUGAUUUCACCACCUCCUCCUCCACCAUCACCGCUUCUCCCUCAAACACCUCCUGCACUUAAACCAGAAACAGAGCUUUUGAUAAAAGAGGCAGAAAUCUCCAAAAACAUACCAACAUCAAUUAAUCCUACUGCUGUAGCUCCCAAAGAACAGAAUAAUAACCACUGUGGCUCUGCUAAAUUAUUAAAACAGGUUUUAAUAAGUGUUAAUGAUGAAGAACUCAUUCAUGAAUCUACAGAAAGCUCUAAUUCAGACAACGUUUUUGACGAUGAAGAUGAUGCAGAUGCUAGUAAUUCCCUAAGUUACACUUCGGGUAAGAAACCGAAAGACAGGACUGUAAGUGCAAACAGUUGCCUUGGUAAUUAUUUAACCCAGGGAACUACAGAUGAAACACACAUCAGAGCUCAGCUUCUUUUAAACCUUGAACUCCAAAAUAGGGACCAUUCUGUCAAUGCUGAUCAUAUUCUUGCUAUAAAGUCAAUAAGGGCAAAACUGGGAGCUGCAACAAGCAUCAUGUCCUCUCUUAACUCAGGAACUGCACUGAAAAACACAGUUACACCAAAACCAAAAAGUGACUCCACCUUGAUGAGUAGUGGACCUGCAGAGAGUUUAGGAAGUCCUGGCAUUGUGAUGGCAAAAGCUGCCACACUGAAUGAUCUUUCCAAAGAGCUUCUGCCCCCAUCUCGUUUUAUCUUACAGACGUGUUCACCGAGCAUCAUGGGCCGCUUAUCUGCCUCAACGCUAAGGGGGAAGAUUCAAAACUUGCCCCUUUAUCUAUCACGCUCCCAAGAAAAUCUAACUCAAGCAGGGGUUGGGAGUUCUGCAUCGAGUCCAGCUGAGGAAGCUAGUAGUGACAAUGCAUGUACCACCGACAACGUUCCCAACAUCACACAAACCCUUGACUUAGAGACAUGCUUGGCACCUGACUCAGUCGAAUCAGAUGAUUCCGAUGCAACGCUGACUGGAUCUGAAUUGGAUGGGGAGUUUUUUGUAGAAACAACAGCAGCAAAGAUAUCUCCUUUGGCGUCUGAGAAAAAAGAAGAUAGUUGUCAGCUGCCUGUACAGACUGAGCCCAAACAGCAUCAUCAAACUCUUUGUUCCAGACCUAAUGACAACACACCAGGACCCAUAACAGAGCCUCCUGCAUCCAUAACAAGCCUAUUUCAAAGAAAUACUUCUGGGCUUAACACCAACAUUCCUGGACCUGUAACAGAUGCCCCAGAACUAAACAUAAAAGUCAACAGUCUACAGGAAGACAUCCCCGGUUACAAAGGGAGCAAUCAGUCUCCAAUAGUGGUGACCACCCAGAAUCUGAAUGGACCACAACUUGCUUUUCAUGGUCAAUCUCAAAAAGCAAGGACAAGCAGUGACAGACCUUUGAUGGGUCUUUGUAGUCCCUUGGAGCAGACUUCAGACCCGUCAAAAGUAUCUUCUGCCGGUUGCAGAGUGUUCACCAUCUGUGAGGAUUUGUCUCAGACAAGUACUCCAGCUGACCUGGUUGCCACUACACCCCUGAAAUCGGAGUUUGGUUGCAGUUCUAUACUUGCAUCUGGGUGUGAGUCAGUAGCAGAGGGGAUCCAGGUGCCCCUGGAUGCCUGUGGCUGUCCAGCAUCAUAUACAGACUGCUUCAGUGGAGAAGACAGCUUUGAUGAUGAGCUCACAGUCUAUGAGUUCUCCUGCCGCUCUCAGAACAGUGGCAUUUCUCAAACUUCCAGAGCAGGUCUUCAUCUGAUUACAUCUCCUCCUGUUCCCUCCUUUAUCUCUGCCUCCUCCACCCUUUCCCCAUCAUUUCCUCAAACCAUCCUUUUCUCCUCCUCCACCUCUGAGCUCAGCCCUCUUCUCUCACCCCACUCAGACACCUCGGAAUCCUACUUGUCUGAAACCCACAAGGACACUCUCACUCAUCUGGGUCAGCAGCACUACCCAGAACCCCCCAAAGGCUUCCAAGUUCUUCGCAGAGAUGUUGAUAAGCUUCUAUCAAUUUUGGAAGGUAGCGGUGGCUCUGAUCGUUCUGUGGCAGGGCUUGGAGGUCGUCAUUCAAGGGACACAUGCCCGGCACACUUCACAGAGAACAAACGGGUUCUCCAGUUAGAAGCACGGCGGCUCAUGUCUAGUUGCCAGAAGGUAGCAGGGACUGGCCAGAGCCCAGAGGAAAUGCUCCAGUUUUUAGCUGACAGUUUCCGAACCUUGGUGGAGCUGGCCACCGUCUGCCUCUGGUUCUCUGGUUGCGAAAGGUGCGAUCGAAGAAACACAGAGGCAGUCGCAGGCCUGGCAGAUGUUGCCCGCUCAUUCAGGGACUUCUGCUUGGCGGCGGAGCGAGCCAGCAGCAAACGUAGUUGUCAAGACCUGAGCACCAAGCUGCUAGCCAAACAGUGCACAGCACUUACCGCCUCCGUCUUCUGCCUCACCCAGCUGUUUCGUACCCUCACUGCACUGUGAGAGAACAACCUCAGAUUUGGUGUCAUUGUCCAGCCCAAGAGCUGCUCUAGACUUUAUCAGCUGGAACACUCAACAAUCAACAUGACAGAGCCAAGUUUGAUGCAGUUAACAGUGAUCAUGUGUAGAGGUGCAUGUGAUGACUUUCUUUAUGCUGCACAAGUUUUGCUGUCCACAAAUGGUGGAUUUGUAAUAUUUAGGAACUGAUAUACUUGAAUGUAUUCUUUAUCUAGCAAGUGUAUUAUUUAUCUACUUAUUUAUUGAAAGGUUUGCUACUGUGUGUCUGAGGAAGCGUAGAAUGUCAGUGGAAGGAGAAAUGUUUACAGACUGCUUUGUUAGCAGGAGAAACAACGUGUGUAAGUCCCAUCACACACAGUAAAUGGUUUUGAUUUACUCAUUCGCAGGCCUUUAGUUUACUCAGCUUUCUACAUUAAUAUAACUUGGUGAUCCUCUGAGAUCUGGUUUACUUAUUCUUGCAUGCAGUGCCUUGCAAAAGUAUUUUUUUUUUACAAUUUUGCCGCACCCGAUUGCAAACUUCUUUUUUUCCCUUUAGAAUUUUUGUGAUAGACCAACACAAAAGAGCAUGCAUAGCUUUACUUUAUGAUGGUGUAUCACUUAAAGUCUUGAUAAAAUAAAUGUUAAGUUUGGAGUUAUAGGAAGUGUGGAAAAAGUUAGAAGAAGAGCAAAUACUUUUGCAAGGUGCUGUACUGUGAUGUAUAUCUACAUAACCCCGUCCACCUGGGAGGAUCUUUUUUGAAUGUUACUGUUUACAAAACCUAAAGUUAUGUGAUUCGAGGAAUCAAACCGGAAGUUGCUGAUUUUUUAUACAUAGCAGAGGAAUGCCGGCGUUUGUGCAUUACAUGAUCAGUUUGAAUGAGCUGCAUUCAGUUAGGUGCAAAUUUGCACAAACCUUUGGUAUUAUUUAUGAAAAGUUAAAUACAAUGAACACCAUUUAUCUUUGUUUAUCCAACUUCUUUUUUCACCUGUAGUUAAGACUGAACCUUCCUAUGCAUAUGGAUGGACAUUUAUUUUUCUUGGUACAAACACUAACUUCCAAACACAUUUCUCCAAAUAUUGUUAAUAAUAUAUAUAUAUUUAUUUUUGUUUAUAGUUGUGUGGAUUUUAAGAGUCAUGAGUUGCAUACCUCGUUUUCAAGACAAUGAAAACCUGCACAACUGUGUUUGAGCUCGGCACACAGUCAGAAACACCUAUUCGUAUUUACCUGUCCUUUACACCAAGUGCUUUCUUACUGCGGUUGAUGGCAACGAGCAAGAAUUCAGUCACAGCAGAAUCUGGCCACAGAUAUCCCAAACUGAGCAUAACCCCAGGUAGCAGGGACGAUUAUUGACUGAUUGAGCUUUUCUCAGCUUUUUCUAUGUUUUGUGGGCAGUUCACUGAAAACUUCACAUCAGUUCAGUCUAUUUUGAGAUCCAGUCAUCAGAAUUCAUUAAAUUCCAAUUACAUCUAGCACAAAACCUUGUACUACCCUGUAUUACCUAAAGUUUAUUAACCUUGAUAAGCAUUUUCACUUGGAAUGUUUCUUAAAAUUGAACGCCUUGAAUUACACGAGACUUGCAUGUGCACUGGAGAAAUAUUAAUUAGGAGUACUUCUACCACUUCAGUGCUGGGAACACCAUUUAUGCCAAGCAGUGUUUCUAUUUAUUAUAAAAACAACCAAGGCUUUACUUACUGACAUGUGCUGUUUUGUUGCAUUUGGUUGCAGAAUAAUAUAUUUUACUGAACUUCAUUUCUACUUUGCCUUGGAAAAAGAACCAACUCUCUUUUUAUUAUGGCCACAAAGUGAAGCUGUCCGACGCCUGAAGGUGUUCAUCUGUCCUCACAAAGCAUGCUCAUAUAGAAUACAUUGUUUAAUCAGGGAUUUAAUCUGUGAAUGACUGAAUGGUGAUCUCUGCUUCUUGCUUUGUAAUGCUGAACUUCCACCAUUAAAAAUUAUUUUAAGAAA